GCACUGCAGCAGUGCGCUCUGCUCGAGAGGGAGAGCGCGAGCUGUCUACGGUAAUGUUCCAUACGCCCUCUCCGCCCCUGCUGCUCGAGAGACAGGUGGUCGGGACACAUGCCUUCAUCCUCGAGCGCUCCCCGGUUAAAAUAAGAAAACAAAUCGGUUGACAGACAGCGGUGGGACUGCUGGCGUGAGGCAAGCGCGUCCCCGAUGGAAUUGGAGCCGGUGACCUCCGCGCAGCGAGCACUGGGCAGAGAGAGAGAGGGGAAAGCAAGUUGGCGAGAGAACCUCACCGAUUUACGUUUCUCACCAUGACUAUCGCGCUGGCUGCUUUCCCGCCGCAGCGGAGGGGAUUGUUAUGCACCCACAGAAGGAAGAAAUAUACACACCUCUGAGGCAAACCGGAGAGAGAGCGUUACCGGGAAUUUCCUUUUUGUUCCAUUAUUCAUUUGGAUCCUAAUAGCUGGUGGAAGUUGUCUCGUGGGGAUUAUGAUGGCUUCGGGUGCCGGUAAAGCCCCGCAGCCCCCCGGGCCAGGCUCCGGUAGCCUUAACGGGACUGCAGCAGACUUACCGAACAUAGAGCAGGAGCUGUAUGACUAUCAGAUGCAUGGCAAGAUGUGCAAGAAGAUAGCUCAGCUAACCAAGGUGAUCUAUUCUCUGAACACUAAGAACGAAGAGCAGGAGGCGGCCCUUCAGGCCGUCAGCCACGCCCACCAGGAAGAGCUGAGGCGGGUUACCACGGGGACGUGUACCGAGGGGGAGGAGUCGGUAGUGCUUAGGACACGCCUCUCAGAGCUGCAGGAAACUCUAGCUCAGGUUCAGGUAGAGUUUGAGAGCUACCGUGUCCAGGCAGAGGAGAGGGAUCGUGGGGUAGAGGCAGAGCUAAGGAGGGACUAUGAGGAAAAGCUCCAGGCUCUGGGGCUGGAGAGACAGGAGACCCAGGCCCAACUCAACACGGCCCACGACGAGAGUCUCCGACUGGGGAGAGAGCUGGAGACGGCUGGGGAGGCUGCGCAGUGCCUGGAGGUUCAAUGUGAUGAACUACGGAGGAAAGGAGAAGAGGAGCGAGGGAAAGGGAAGGAGGAGGAGAUGGAGAGAAUGCGACUCCUCUCGGAGGAGGUGAAGACUCUGAGGAAAGGGAAGGAGCGAGGAGAGGAAGAGAGGAGGAGUUGA